CUCAGUCUUGUCUGUUUUCUUCUCUUUUUUAUCUGGACAAGGAAGGAAGAAAGAAAGAAAGAAAGAAAGAAAGAAAGAAAGAUGUUUGUCGACUCGCUUUCGCCCGGCCCGACGUUCGGGCUGGCCAUUGCCUUGGUGACGUCCCUUGUGGUGGGACGGAUGAUGUACAACGUCUACAUGCACCCACUACGCAAGUACCCCGGCCCGUGGUGGGCAGCAGCAACCGACUUGCCGCUGAUGGUGGCGCGGGCGCGCGGACGGGCCCCGUUCUGGGUGGCGUCGGUGCACGAGCAGUACGGCGAAGUGGUGCGCAUCGGGGUGACGGAGCUGUCGUACAUCACGCCCGACGCGUGGCGCGACAUCCACGGGCACAAGUCGCAGAACGCGGGGCGCGGUAGCCUGCCCAAGAACCUCUCGCAGUACAACCCGGACAUUGCAGGCCACAACGGCAUCAUCCGCACCAACGACCCGGACCACGCCCGCCAGCGCCGCCUGCUCGCCCACGCCUUCUCCGACAAGGCCCUCCGCGAGCAGGAGCCCUUGAUCUGCCAGUACGUCGAGCUGCUGGUGCGCAAGCUGGGCGCCAUAGCCAAGGGCGACCGCCUUGACGUCAGCAGCCGCGGCGACGGCACCACGGACCUGCUGCGCUUCCUGAACUUCACCACCUUCGACGUCAUCGGGGACCUGACGUUCGGCGAGCCGCUGGGCCUGCUGCAGCAAAACGAAUACUCGCCCUGGGUCGCCGCCAUCUUCAACACGGUCAAGAUCGGCAACCUGCUGGCCGUGAUAGCGACGUACGCGCCGGCCAUCGCCGGGCUGCUCGCCCUCGCCCUCCCGCGCGAAGCGCGCGACGGCCUGCGCCUGCACAAGGAGGACGUCGUUGCGCGCGUGGACAAGCGGCUCGCGCGCUCGACGACGCGCCCGGACAUCUGGACGUUUGUGCUGCGGCACAAGAACGACGAGAAGUCGAUGCCGUUGCACGAGAUGCACGCGACGGCGAGUGUGCUGAUGAUUGCGGGCACCGAGACGACGGCGACGCUGCUCUCGGGCCUGACGUACACGCUGCUGCGCCCGGACAACGCCGACAAGCUGCAGCGCCUGAAGGACGAGGUGCGCGGCGCGUUUGCGGCGCCCGGCGAAAUGACCAUGGCCGCGCUGGCGCAGCUGCCGUAUCUGCAGGCUUGCUUGGAGGAGGGCCUGCGCCUGUAUCCCCCUGUGCCGGUUGCUCUGCCGCGCAUCACGCCCAAGGGCGGCGCCGAGAUCUGCGGCGAGCAUGUCGUGGGAGACACCACCGUCGGCAUCACAAUGUACGCGGCCUACCGCUCGCCGCGCAACUUCCACGCGCCAACCUCGUUCCACCCCGAGCGCUGGCUGGCGAACGAAGCCGGGCCCGAAUUCGCCAACGACCGGCGCGCCGUGCUGGAGCCGUUUAGUUUCGGGCCCAGGAACUGCAUUGGCAAGAAUCUGGCGUACCACGAAAUGCGCCUCAUCCUGGCCAACAUCGCGUGGCACUUCGACCUGAAGCUGUGCCCGGAGAGCGACGACUGGAUGGAGCGCCAGGAGGCGUACGCGCUGUGGCAGAAGCCGGCGCUGCGCGUGGGCGUGGGCAUCUCGGACGUUGCGCGGGCGGGGGGCGUGUUUGCUUAGGCUUGCUGUAGGCUUGUUGUGGGUUUGGUGUGGGCUUACUUAGGGGGGCUUGCUUAGGUUUUGUUCGAUCGUUUUGUCGUUUGCUUGGAGGAGGGGGGUUUGGGUUUGGUGCGGGCAUGUUGGUGGUGCGCGGAGAGGUGUGGUGCCGUAGCUCGGGUUGGGUAUAUGUGCUAGAUGGAUCGGGUGGCUAUGGGAUGGCUAGAUUGCGGACGCACGCACACGCGUGUUGGGCUUGGCUUGGGUUGGUUGGGUUGGGGUUUGGCUUUGCUUUGUUGAAGAGCAGUCACGGCUCGCUCCUCUUAUCCUACAAACAAACAAACAAGAGGCCGG